AUGAAGCUGGUCAGAUUCAACACCGUCAAGCGCAACUCUAACACUCUACGUCUUGGCCACCUCAAGACGCACUUGAAGACGCUCGGCAUCGAGCCCACCUACAUUGACACCCCAGGGAAGACGCGCGCCAACCUGUUCGCAUGGCUUCUUGCAUCACGCAGCGCGACCCGAGGCGAUUUGGCGAUGUCGGGCUGCACGGACGUGGGGUGCCGGUGGACUGACCUAAGUGGGGCACGGACCUGUUUGUGGGCGGAGAAUGACAACAAGCGGCACGGUCGUGGGAUUGGUGGCGUGGGGGGAUUCCUGAUCGCGCGCAUGGCUCUGGCACCGCACCACCUGGUGAAAUCGGAGUGCAAGACGAUUCACGUCAUCGUAUUGUACGGCGAGGUGUCCAGCUGCGUUAGCGCUCCAGUCCUCGCGGCGCAACUCAAGUCCUAGGGCUUCGAAGCGGACUUCUCUUUCGUCGGUGACAGCAGCUUACACGGAGAGCAGGUGAGGGACAGCAAGGGCCUCAGCGCGUGGCACGUGAUGGUACACGGAAAGGCAAUUCACUCGCUAGUGUCUCUGAUGAACAUGAGCCAACGUCGUCGAUUAGGCCGCGAAAAUCGCCAAAACCACCUAAGAGCAGCCUGCAGACCGCCCAUCAUAUCCGCUCCUUCUGCACCGUGUCGAUGGACCUGAUCAAAGGUGGCAAUGCCGUGAAAUACGUUCCUUGCGCUGGGCAAUCUCGACUUCAGCGUGUGCGUCACCGAAACGACGGUGAAGGAGCGGGUGGAGGCUGCGGUGAAAAAGUACUUCAACCGCAAAGCGCUGCGUGCGACACGCGAAGAGUACCCAGAGGCAUCCGUAAAGAUCACCCAGGUGCGGUGCGAGCCAGCUUUCAACUCCCCCAAGGCAACAGACCACAUUUAGACUCUGCGCAAGAUCCUCGAUGACCACACCGUGUGCACGUUUGCGGGUGGAGCGGUGUGGCCGCUUCUUCCAACACCUGAGUAUGCCCACCAUGACGGCCCCCCACCCGCCCCCGGUGGCUAUCGCGGCCACAUGGACGGCAGAUACACAGAGGUGACGCUCCUGACGAAGUGUGAGACUUUCACGGCUGAGCCAACACAGUGCGUCACGACGGGGAAAAGAAUUGCUGAUCCUGCAAAUCUGCGAGGGAAGCUUCUUCUUCCCUUUCCGACCUUCUGUUCCCGUGUCGUGCUGGAUUCACACGAAAGUAUGCGUGUAUGUGCUCGCAUAGUCGCCCUGCUUGCGGUCGUGGAAAGUUCUGCCAGUGCUGGGUAUCACAGCAUGCACACCAUUCCUUCGCGCUACUCCUCUUGA